CCUCAAUCGCGAUCGAGAGAAGCCCCAAACAGAUUCCAGACAAGGUGGGGAGGGGGGCAGUUGGAUGAAAAAGAGCAAGAAGUUCAAGAAGUUGUUGGAGGGUUUUUAGCCAAACCAUGGCACUUAGAUUUGUAGAAAGAUGAGACUUCAUUUUGAGAACUUGACUCUUCCCAUCCCCUCCCCACAAAAGCAAAUUAUACAGAAGUUUUUAGACGACUCAGAUUCCCUUGGCUCGUCCCAAGAGACUGUAUCAUUUGAUUCGCCCCGAAGAAGGUGUGCAAUUACAGUCAAAUCUAGUGCAUAUUGUAAAAGUUUGGAAGAAACCACAAUAUGGCAAGGAGAAGAGAUGCCAAGAAAAACUUCUUUAAGUUCAACAGUAGCCGGAAGAGACUCAAGGAAGAAACCUACGUCAGCGGUAUGCGGACCCCGUCCUAUCACGAAGCCGUUGGGUUUGAACACUGGGAGACACUGUAUCACGAGGUAGACUACAGGGACACAAGCAAGAAGUCUUGGAAGUACAAGGAAAGUGUCAAGACGUUGAUACCCAUCAGAUCAAAGCCAGAACAGCCGUCCGUGAACCCACUUGACGAUGCAGGCCUGCUGUCCUUCAUGACCUUCUCCUGGCUGACUCCUUUGAUCAAAAUGGCGUACAAGGGGAAACUGACUCUGGAGAACGUCUGGCACCAUUCAUCACAUGACAGGGCAGAGCCAAACUAUAAAAGAUUUGAGAGGCUGUGGAAGGAGGAGGUUGAGAGAGUCGGGAUGAAGAAGGCAUCGCUGCCCCGAACCAUCUGGAGGUUCACUCGCACCAGGAUGCUGAUGAGUCUGCUCACCAUCCUCAUCUUUUCAGCUGGCACUUUCCUUACCCCGGCUAUUUUGAUCAGGAGCCUUUUAAGAUACACGGAGUCUCCCGACACAAACUGGCCGCUGGGAAUCGGCUUGGUCAUUGCCAUGUUUGUCACAGAGGUGUUCAGAGCGCUGUGCUGGGCGGCAACAUGGAGCAUCGCGUACCGCAGCAGUACCAGAGUACGCGGAGCCAUCCUGACUCUCAUCUUCACCAAGAUCACCCGGCUCAGAAGUCUCAGGGAUAAGACAGUAGGGGAGUUGGUGAAUCUGUGUUCCAAUGAUGGCCAGCGCGUGUGUGAAGCCACUCUGUUUUUCAUCUUCAUGUUUCAAGCUCCGUUGGUCUUUGUGCUCGGAUUGGGAUACACCGUGUACCUGAUUGGUCCAGUCACGCUGCUGGGAUGUUCAAUAAUUGUCCUCUACUAUCCUUUCCAGGCACUGAUCUCACGACUAACUUCACAAUUCAGGAGAAAGGGCAUCAAGGUCACGGACAAACGUGUGCGAACGAUGAACGAGAUUCUCACGUCAGUCAAACUGAUCAAGAUGUACGCCUGGGAGGUACCAUUUGGGAAAGCUGUCAGUGCUGUGAGGAAUAGAGAACGGCAGGUCCUUGAGAAGGCAGCUUAUGUACAGAGUGCCAGUAUAGCUGUGUCUCCGCUGGUCUCUCUUCUGAGCGGCAUUCUCACCAUCACUGUCCACAUCAUGACAGGGAAUGACCUCACAGCAUCACAGGCCUUCACAGUGUUGGGAGUGUACUACAGCAUACUUACUUCCAUGGGUGUACUUUCCUUCCUUGUCAAGGCAUUUGCAGAGAGUAGAGUAGCAGUACAACGUAUGAAGAGUUUGCUUGAAAUGGAUGAAAUGAAACCCUUCACCGCACGACCAUCAGAUUCAAGAAAUGCCCUUGAGAUCAGGGCAGCGACCUUUGCUUGGGAUUCUGUCCAGGCAGAAGAUGGACAGGACGACACAAAAUCUGUGAUAACACCAGGGUAUGAUGGGAAGACAGAAAAAGCUCCUCUCACCAAAGAGCUUUCAGAGUCACAGGAGGAUCUGAUGAGAACACUCUUCAACAUUGAACUGGAUUUGCCAAAGGGUACACUAUUAGGUGUGUGUGGCAGUGUUGGCAGUGGAAAAAGUUCCCUCAUCUCUGGCAUCCUGGGGCAGAUGCGUGUACUGGAGGGAACAGUAGGACUGACAGGCAGCAUUGCAUACGUGGCCCAGCAGGCCUGGAUCAUGAACGCUUCUGUCAGGGACAACAUCCUGUUUGGAGAGGACUAUCAUCAACAGAGGUAUGACGAGACUGUUAAAAUAUGCUGUUUGAGUCAUGACUUCAAAGUGCUGCCAGCAGGGGACUUGACAGAGAUUGGUGAGAGAGGCAUAAACCUGAGUGGAGGACAGAAACAGCGCAUCAGUCUGGCCCGGGCUGUCUACAGUAACAGGGACAUCUACCUGCUGGACGACCCUCUCAGUGCUGUGGACGCUCACGUGGGACAACACAUCUUCCACCACUGCAUCAUGGGAGCACUGAAGGACAAAACUGUCGUCUUUGUCACUCAUCAACUUCAGUACCUGCACCUGUGUGACCAGGUUCUCCUGAUGAAGGAUGGUGGGAUAGCAGAGAAGGGUGAACACAGUCAGCUGAUGACAGCUGGGGAAGACUACGCCCGGAUGAUACAGGGCUACAUGACCUCACACUGUGAUGAGGAGACAGGGGAGGAGUCAGAUGGGGAGGACCUACCUGGCAAUAUCAAUGAAGAAAUGUUCAUGAGGCAACUGUCCAAGGAUACUGGGGAACAGAAGUGCCAGUCAAAUGUGGGUUCUGUUGUCAGUGUUGCUGGACAUAAGGCAGAAGAACAGGAAGGAAAAGACUUGUCAGGCAAUCUCACAAAGGAAGAGGAGAUUGAGAGUGGCAGUAUAGGAUGGGCAACAUUUAGUGAUUACUUCAGGGCAGGAGGAGGGUACCUGCUGACUGGGCUGGUCCUGCUCACCUUUGUUCUGUCAGAGGGGUCAAUGGCCUUUGGUAACUUCUGGCUAAGCCUUUGGCUAAGGCAAGGCAGUGGGAACACCACUAUAACAGUGGGUAAUGAGUCAGUCAUCAGCACCAGUAUUCGGCACCAUCCCGACCUUCACUUCUACAGUCUGGUUUACGGAAUGUCAAUCAUUCUGGUGCUGGUCACGAUGACUAUAAAGGGCCUUUCCUUUGUCAAGUUCACACUCAGGGCCUCCUCCAACCUUCACGACAAGGUGUUCAGGUCCGUCUUCUGCAGUCCGAUGUCUUUCUUUGACACAACUCCAACAGGCAGGAUCCUGAAUCGCUUCUCCAAGGACUUGGAUGAAGUGGAUGUACGACUCCCCUUCCAGGCAGAGAUGCUGCUCCAAUUUACCAGCCAUCUGUUUUUCUCUGUCAUCAUGAUAUCAUAUGCAUUUCCAUACUUCCUCAUUGCCAUCGUGCCAAUAGUGGGAAUUUUCCUGUACAUCCGAAAAAUUUCUAGGAGCGCCCUGCGUGAGCUGAAGAGGUUGGAGAAUGUGAGCCGGUCUCCUUGGUUCUGCCAUCUGACUGCUACUGUACAAGGUCUGGCCACUAUUCAUGCUUACAACAAGACAGAGGAGACUGUCAACAGGUUUGAAAGUCUUCUGGAUAAGAACUCCGUGAUAUCCUUCCUGUUUCGCUGUUCGAUGCGCUGGCUGGGCGUGAGGCUCGAUUCUGUCAGCAUCAUUUUGGCAACAGUCACUGCACUGUUGGUAGUCAGUACUCAUGGCUCCAUACCCCCUGCUCUUGCAGGGUUAGCACUAACUUCUGUCAUAGAGAUGACUGGUCUGUUCCAGUACACAGUCCGUCUCAGUUCAGAAACAGAGGCCCACUUCACGUCAGUCCAGAGAAUUAACAGCUACAUCAAGGGUCUUGAACCUGAGGCACCACUUACUGUCAAGGAGACUGCACCCCCCGAGUCUUGGCCGGUGGAAGGCAGAGUACAAUUUCAAAAGUACAACAUGUGUUACCGGGAGGGUCUGCCCUUGGUGCUGAAACAUGUCAGCUUCUCCACAAGACCUUCUGAAAAAGUUGGCAUCGUGGGAAGAACUGGUUCAGGCAAGUCAUCGCUAGGUGUGGCCCUGUUCCGACUGGUGGAAGCAGCAUCAGGCUCCAUCAGUAUCGAUAAUGUGGACAUUUCUACCAUCGGCCUGGAAGACCUGCGCAGCAAGCUGUCAAUCAUCCCACAGGACCCUGUCUUAUUUGUGGGGACUGUCAGGUAUAACCUGGAUCCAUUCAAGCAGUACAGCGAUGACCAAAUCUGGAGUGCUCUAGAGAGAACACACAUGAGAGAAAGCAUCUCAGGCCUACAGCAUCAGCUGGAGGCGCCUGUUGUGGAGAAUGGAGACAACUUCUCAGUGGGAGAGAGACAGCUGCUGUGUAUGGCCAGGGCGCUGCUCAGACACAGCAAGAUCUUGAUAUUAGAUGAGGCCACAGCAGCCAUCGACCCAGAGACAGACAACCUGAUCCAGACAACUAUCCGGGAGGCCUUCAGUGACUGCACCAUGCUGACCAUCGCACACAGACUCAACACCGUACUGACCUGUGACAGGAUACUGGUCAUGGAGGAUGGGGAGGUGGUGGAAUUCGACUCCCCCGGGUCACUGCUCGCUGAUCCAGCUUCUGCCUUUGCUGUCAUGAUGUCAGCCUCUAGCCUCUCCUACCAACAGCAGCCGAGCUAGCAGUGGACAGGAGACUUUUUAUCUAAGUUAAACAUGCAUUGGCAUAAUACCGGUCAUAAGCCUUAUACCGGUCGAUUAAAAAUAGUGGAACUUAAAGAGAUCUACACAUGCAACUGUUACAAUAGUUAUUUCUGAGGUAUGCACACUUCAGACA